UAAAAUGCUACUCAAUGAUUUUGAAACCUACACUUAUACACAAGUGUAUGUGGUCAUUCAUAAAACUGCAAUCAGUGCAUAAAACUACUAAGAAGGGAAUAUGUCCUUAAUUUUGUGACAAAAUGUUAUAACUAUAUGUCAGUGAAGCCUAAGUGAUAAUUUAACACCAGUUUUGUGAUGCCAGCUUUAUGGCACCUCAAAUGACAGAAUCAGGACAGUUCUUGUUUUCACGUGCAUUAAAGGUUCAUGUAGUUGACUGUUUAUGUGAUCACCAGUGACUAAAACGUUUCAUGACACUUGUGAGUACACAGCAGAUGUUCACAUCAGCUAAGAUGGUAAACAUUAACAAUAAAUUCACUUAAUAUAUUGAAUGGUAUACUGCAUACAAAGUAAGCUGUACAAGGCCACCUAACAUGUGGGGAAAGAGUGACAUAAUUAGAAAAAGCACUUAUUUGUAAUCAGUGUAAUAAACAUUAUGCAGGGGCCCAGACUUUGUUUUGCUCAUGGCUCACUUUAACUUAACUGUAGGCUGAAUCAAUAUUUGGAGCUGUCAGUGUACAAAGAGUACUCUUCCCUAUUAGGACACAACAUUGCAGUCGCGCACGUACACCUAUACACCUACAGAACUCGUCUCAGGAGUUGUGUGGAGUGCAACUGUGCCAUUCAGUUUACUUUUUUGGAAAGCCUGCAUGUUAAGGGUUUUUGUAGAGAUUCUUUGAUACCGUCUCUUGUUCAUUCAGCUUGGAAACAGAAAGAAAUUAAUAUUUUUUUGUUUAACUGAAAUCUUUUUUUCAGAGACAACAAGCAGGAGAUGCAACAUGACUUUAUUGGGAAUGUCGUUUUUUGUUCUGGCUUUAUCCUACGUCUUUACUGUUAAUAGCAGGCCAGCAGGUGUCCACCUGCGUAACAUGGACAGCUUCAUCCGAGCCGUGCAGCAGGUUGAAGAGUCCAACCCCGGGCUGUCCCCUCUGGCUCUGGUCAGGGCCCUGAGGAGGACCGCCGGCCACGACGAUGUGAUGACAAUCCAUUUCUUGGGUGCAUCAAAUAAUCUCAGUGAUGGCGAGGCCCUGGAGACUUCCAUUCUCAAUGCCUCAUCCUUUAGCUUUUUUGACAAGGCCAUCCACCACAUUGUGACAGAUUACGGAGAGGAACGUGGGGUAGUUCUCGCUCCAGAUGGCACCACAGUAGCCCUUGCACCUUUACUGCUAGGAAUUGAAUCGGGAUUGAAAGCCAAGUUGGAGGGGACGCCAGCUGUUGGGAUCUUCCCUCUCACCUUAGGCAGGACGCUGGGCCUGUCCUUCUUCAGCCUCCAGGACUUCCCGCCAUCUUAUCGCCUGGGGCCUAACGGGUGCUGGGACAGUGUGGACCACCCUAAGGUGUUCAAGCUGUCUCGGGCUGCCACUCUGGCAACUAAUGCUGUUAUUAAUGGGGGCAUGGAUGGAGCUAUACUGGGCAUGGACCUCACCAACCUACCUACGUCUGAACAGCCGCAGGCCCUCAGUGAGAUUUUGAAAGGCUACUAUAGUUUUAUUCUGCAUGAGGGACAAGGUCUUGAUGCUGUGACCAGCCAUGUUAGCCCGAGGCGAAGGGAGAUCUCCAGAGCCAUUCUGGAGCCACUGGAUCUUCACAGCCAGUUGAUGGAGGUACUAGCGUUAGUCUGGAAGCUGGAGAAGACAGAAUGGAUUGCUCUGGACCCUGAUGUGGGGAAGGCAGUGAAGGAUGGAUUGGAGGCCUUUGUGCACAAAUACUGGGACUGCCCUCAAAUCAUCCCUCGUUGUCAGUGGGGGGCAAAAGCCCAAAAGGGUGCACCUAUCCCACUGUCCCUGCCCCUCCAAUUUCUCUAUGUUCACCACACCUAUGAGCCAUCCUCGCCCUGUUUAUCCUUCCCAAACUGCUCUCGCAACAUGAGAUCCAUGCAGCGUUUCCACCAGGAAGAUCGUGGCUGGAGCGACAUAGCAUACAGCUUUGUGGUCGGGUCUGACGGCUAUGUCUAUGAAGGCAGAGGUUGGAACCAUCUUGGCACACACACCAGAGGGCACAAUGACAUUGGGUACGGAGUGUCAAUCAUUGGUAACUACACUGCCACGCUGCCGUCUCGCCAUGCCAUGGACCUGUUGCGCCAUCGUCUAGCCCGAUGUGCAGUAGAUGGAGGACGACUGACUUCCAACUUCACCAUCCACGGCCACAGACAGGCAGUGAACUACACCGCCUGCCCUGGAGACGCCUUUUUUUCAGAAAUAAGAAGCUGGGAGCACUUCAGGGAAUGACAGCACCCCCACUGCCAGUCCGGGAUUUUUAAACACCAUUUAUAAAUCUUCAUUUUUAUUACUUCUAGUAAUAGUAUAACUGUAUGAAAUGGCUCUUGAAUUAAUCCUCCAGACUCUGGACUAGUUUCUCAUUUUGACGUAGUUGACUCGGUUCCCAUCCACCUCUUCCAGUGCAGAUUAAUUUAAAUCAAUGUUGCUUUGAAUGAUGGCCAACCAGAUGGAUCUGUCUGGUCAUCCUCACCUACGGGGCACCAGUGGGUUUAAUACUGAGGCUCUCUGGAGCUCAUUCAGGUUUGGGUCUCCUAAAAGGUCCUUACAACUAAGAUGAGUUAGUUUUAUUUGUAGAUGAUGGUUGUUAAUCUUAUAAUAAUUGCUAACUGUGGGAUUUGUGGCUUUAAUCAACCUUUCAAUUUAUGAAUACAUGUCUGAUCAUAUUAAUGGAGACUUUAUGUACAUUGUCAGGCAUGUAUGUAUGUACAGGAAUAAUACACGUUUUGUUCCAAGUAACAAAUCAAUGGGACAGAGAUAAAAUUUAUUUUACGGGAACCUGGCUCUUCAAGAACAGAAUAGUGAAGAGGCCAACUGUAAUAAAUGGGAUUAUUUCUAAUACACAUUGACAGUGCAGUGACAGCAUUAACUUUACAGAGAAAACUAUGAACCUUAGAAUGAUUGGCAUCCUGCAUUUUAAUGUUUUUGUGAAUGAAUAACAUAACAUUCACAGAAGUCCGAGUUGACUUCAGUCAGUGACUUUUCCUCAAAGUGUCAGAAAUUUGGUGUUUUUUUGUACAAUUCUUUAUUUUUGUGCCACCAUUACUUGUUAAAGGCUUAAGGCAUUUGAGUGGAUGCGACUGUGAACUAUUGAGUAGAAUCAAUGCAGCUAAUUAGGAAAGUGACAUUAACCAGUAGUGAAUUAAUGUGGUGUUAGAAACCUUGCUGGGUGUGGUGUCAGAUUGCCUCGGUGAGGUAAUUUAAAGACAAAGACAUACAAUCUAAAAGGAUAAAACUCCAUGCAAGUUGGUGGAUAAUUUCAUUACUGUCUGCUGUGUUUCCUCAUAAAUAGGAAAGAGGAAAAAGCUCAGGUCCAGGACUCAGUAAACACUUGACUAUGUAAACAGAAAACUUAAAACAACACACAUAAUAAAGCGUAUUGCAGGGGU